AUGUAUGGAAACAGCAGCAGCCAUCGAAUAACAUACAUCAGCAUUCUGUACGUAUCCAUUUCGUUGCUACAUCACUUACUUCCGGCCUCGUUGCCAGAGCCGGAGCCGUUGCCAGCAGAGUCGCCGUCUAAAAUCUGCAUUAGCCUCCUGGUGUUGAAGGGCGUCUACCAUCAACACUCACUGCCAUUGCCAGAGCCGGCGCCGUUGCCAGCAGAGUUACCGUCUAAAACCUACAUUAGCCUCCUGCUCUUCAAAGACGUCUACCAUCAACACUCACUGCCAUUGCCCUUAUUACCGUUCCGGUUUCCAUUCAGGUCACCAGUAGCAGAGCCGAACACCGCCGGCACUGCUCUGAUCGGCUGGGAUGGCGAGACCAGAGAUCGCGACGGCCGAGGCGAAGAUGGCGAAGAUAGCGGAGGCACGCAUUUUUGA